GUUCGUGCCUACAUUGAAGGUAUCAUUCAUAUUAGACCAACUUCAUGUUCAACCAUGAAAGCUAAUCGCUGUCUAGAUUUCUCACAAAAACUGUAUUUACUUCUAUCCCAAUUUUGCUUAGCUUUCAUCAAUACUUCAACUGCACAAGUAUUAUUUGAGGAACUCAACACACCUAAAUUGCAUCCUAGGACGUUUCACUUAUCACCAAAUCAAGAAUUUCAAGUCAUUAGUCAAGUAUUAUGUGAAGGUCUUCCUUGCCCUGAAUAUACAAUAUUGCAAGAUCAUCCUUACUUUAUACAGCAGCGAUCUUAUCAAGCUUUUACUUUCCUCAGACUGACACCACCUUUAAACUGCAAGUUAAAAUUAGUUUUGGAAGAAGGCCAACGAAGGCUUACCAAUUACAUUAAAGGUUCCAACGAUAGAGAGCAAAUUUAUAGUCCAACCUUACCAUUGUUGAUCGAAGUAGAGCAUACUGGCAGUAAGUCAACAAAUCCGUGGUGUGUGAUGACUUUUGCAGCAGAAUUUUACAUACCACAUUAUUGGGGCAUGAUCGCAGCACCAAAAGAGUUCUAUCAAGAGUUCAGAAGUUUUCCUGAUAAGUUGCGCGUCUACGUUCAUACAUUUAAUGGAAAUGUCGAAGAUGAUUUACUCAUGGAAAUUGAACUGUUUAGGAGGAAUUUAGAAUCUCUUGGAUUGUGCUAUAUUAAAACAAAAUUUUAUAUUGCUGUUUACAACAUUCCUCAUAAUCCAGGAGAUUCAAGAAAUGAGUUAUGGUUUAAAAAAUGUUCAAAAUAAUACUUGUUAACGUAGUAGAGCAGCAUCUACUUAUUCAUUUAUAUUAUUUGUAAAUAAAAUGAAAAACAAUUUUGAUAAUAAA